AGACACAUAAAGCAGCAGCCUGUCCUGGUGAGGGACAGUCGCCCUCUCGACCCACAGACCAAGAGCCCCGGGCCCGCACCCCGCACCCAGCUGCCCGACAGGACCUAGCACCACUCGCUGAGACAAUGACCAUGUUUGAAAAUGUCACCCGGGCCCUGACCAGACAGCUAAACCCUCGAGGGGAUCUGACACCCCUGGACAGCCUCAUAGACUUCAAGCGCUUCCACCCCUUCUGCCUGGUGCUGAGGAAACGGAAGAGCACGCUCUUCUGGGGCGCCCGGUACCUGCGCACCGACUACACCCUCCUGGACGUGCUGGAACCUGGCAGCUGCCCCUCAAAUCCAACAGACUCUGGGAACUUUGCCUUUAAGAAUAUGCUGGAUGCCCGAGUGGAGGGACAGGUGGAUGUGCCAAGGACAGUCAAGGUGACGGGGACUGCGGGGCUGUCUCGGAGCAGCACCUUGGAGGUCCAGACACUCAGUGUGGCUCCCAAGGCCCUGGAGGCCUUGCACCAGGAGAGGAAGCUGGAAGCAGAGCACCCGUUCCUGAAAGAGAUGCGAGAUCGAGGCGAGAACCUGUAUGUGGUGAUGGAGGUGGUGGAGACUGUGCAGGAGGUCACUCUAGAGAGAGCCGGCAAGGCGGAGGGCGUCUUCUCCCUCCCGUUCUUCGCCCCAUUGGGGCUACAGGGAUCCAUCAACCACAAGGAGGCGGUAACCAUCCCCAAGGGCUGCAUCCUGGCCUUCCGAGUGAGACAGCUGAUGGUCAAAGGGGAGAAUGAGUGGGAGAUCCCACAUAUCUGCAAUGAUAGCAUGCAGACCUUCCCUCCUGGAGGAAAGCCAGAAGAGGAGAAGCUCAUCCUCAUCCAGGCAUCCGAUGUUGGGGAGAUGCAUGAAGACUUCAAGACACUAAAAGAAGAGAUUCAACGAGAGACCCAAGAAGUGGAGAAGCUGAGUCACGUGGGACAAAGCUCCUUGCUCGCGGCCCUCAGCAAACUGCUAGGAAAGAAAAAGGAGCUCCAAGACCUGGAGCUCACGCUUGAAGGGGCUCUAGACAAAGGACAUGAAGUGACGCUGGAGGCACUCCCAAGAGAUGUCCUCAUAUCCAAGGAGGUUAUGGGCGCCAUCCUCUACUUCCUUGGAGCCCUAACAGAGUUAACUGAAGCCCAACAGAAGCUGCUGGUGAAAUCCAUGGAGAAGAAGAUCCUGCCUGUGCAACUAAAACUUGUGGAGAGCACAAUGGAACAGAAUUUCCUGCAGGACAAAGAGGGUGUUUUUCCCCUGCCAUCUAACCUGCUCUCCUCCCUUGGGGAAGAAGAACUGAUCCUCACAGAGGCCCUCGUGGGGCUGAGCGGCCUGGAAGUGCAGAGAUCGGGCCCCCAGUACACAUGGGACCCAGACACCCUCCCCCACCUCUGUGCCCUUUACGCUGGCCUCUCCUUCCUGCAGCUGCUGACCAAGGCCUCCUAACUUGCCUUUUCCAUCUGCUUCCUGCUUCCCUAAUGCCUCCCCCGCCUUACUAUGCUAUGUCCUUAACAUCCAAGGGCAUUUCACAGCCACCAGGCUGAAGAUGAUGGAAACCCUAGCCGAUCCCCCGCGAUAACCAAUUUCCACUUGACCAACUCUAUCUCCUCCUGCCCCUGUAGCACUGCUACCCACUGAGCCCAUCCGCUGAUGCUUAAGUCCUCUGAGAGUAGAAACACUCAAAUUUUAAAAAUUAUGAAUCAUUUCAGCAAAACCAAAAUUAAUUAAUUUCCUAUCCCAAUCCCUCAAUCUUGUGCUUUUAAAAAUCAAGCUUCACUGGAAGUAAUGGAAAAUAUUUUACUUUGAAUGAAA